CCCCAGUUUCCCGAUGGGAUGGGGCAUUCUAAUCCUUGUGGCCAUCUCACACGCCUCACCAUACCUGACUCGAUGAAGGAAACCACCUCGCUUUACGUCGUCAAGCCUGCACAGCACAAUCACAGCGCAGUAUACAACGCAGCAGCUGGCCUCGUUGAAGAUCAGAUCCUCGUACAGUAUCGCGUAUGAUUAGAUCGGGCCACGGUCAACGGCUCGGCAUCCGGAGAGCGAGAAUGUACCUUUUCGUUGACUGAGGCAGCAUUAAAUCGCCGGAAUCAUUCGUUCCAACUUGGCUCUAGACGAGAAGCCAAGACAUUAAAUCGUCCAUCAAUUCGCGAGAGAGAGUCAAUUCCACCGCGCUGACUUCCUCCCAGAUGCCGGCCACCCACUCGCAGGCUGCACUAAAUGAGCUGCUCGUCGCUUUAUCAGGCUUCGACGCUUGUUCGCAAGGGAUACGGUCGAGGAGAACGGGAUGCCCUCCCGAUGUUGCGAAGAAAGGAAACCAGACGAGAGAGAGCGAGAAGCUGCAAGCGCGUCGGUCUUGAGGAUCAUGAAUCUCGUCAAAAGGUUAUGGCAAAGGGUGUCAAGUUGCGGGUGCCAGUCGAGACCGCUUGACCGAGACGCACAGGCAGAUAAUGUCACCGUGACAAAACCCCAACAUUAUGUUCGUUGCGGAUCCGAGUCUAUCUAUUCUGGCCCUGCUUGCUCCCCGGAUCGAGAUCGGCUUUCAUCUCCUUGGCCGCAUUCGCUUAAUCCAUUCGCCCUCAAUUAUGAUGCCUUGUUAAAGUUGACCGACAGUGGUCUCAGCAUGCAGUUUAACCAUAGCCACAAGUGCCCGCGGCGCUACUGAACGACAAACUUCUCGAAGCAAAUUGCAACCUCCAGCUCCCGCUCGAGCCAACGGGAAAAGUGCCUUAUCCGAAUUUGCUUUGCUUCGGCAAAGCGCUUCAAAUCGGACCUCGCCCGAGCCUUCGUAUGCAGUGCGGUUGAUGACGUUCUCUUCUCAUUUCGGUACGGGGGCAAACGUCCAGAGAAGGUCGGCAAUUGCACCAUUACGUCACAGUGCACUUUCCAGCGAUCCCUCUUGGGUUUACCCUAAAUCUCAACUUCGAUGCAGUUUACUAGAUUGCCUAACUUUAACUGGAAUCGGACUCGAGAACAAUCGGCACGACCGAGACGUAAAAAUAGAAAAGCAAGAAGACAAGGACAACACGAAUCGUGACUGUGACUGCAUCGUGGAUUUUGUUUGCUCCCUCGCCCCCUCGUCGACGGUCCACGUCUUUGCGCACUGUGUUUGUUUCUCAGGAAAUCCCCUUUCUUGAGUGAGAAUCUAUUCUGUAAUGCGAUUUCCUCUUAUCUACAGAGAGAAAUCCAAGCAGUGGUACUCCUGUUUCUUCAAGAGGGAGCCUUCUUCGAUGAUCGGCCUGGUAAUAUUGCAUGGCAAUUCCAUUUCUCAGGACCGUAGUGGGCAAUCGGAGAUCAUCAUCCGAUGGCCAUGUGUCUCGACCUUGUGGAAGAUUUCGGGCGAGCAUUUCUCCAUCGGUAGGGAAAUGCCUAAGGGUUUGGUUACCGUGGCUGGCUGGCUGGCUGGUCGCAGGGGCUUGCAAUUUGACAGCUAUGAGGCCCAACUGAACGCCCCGCAUGUAAGCUUCCGCGGCGAGGAACACAAAUAGGUCGGCCAAGACAUUUUGGGACCGAUAAGAGUGCGGUACCUGCGCUCUAUGCCGGGACCCGCUCGCCACAGGACCCCGAUUCCAUCACGUUCGGGCAGAAUCUUGCUGCAAAACUGGAAAUAGAUAAAAGCUGUCCACGAAAAAUGUACGAGACCGCCCACGAAUCGGCGGUGCUAAAAUUGGCAUGGGUCAGAUGAAUCCGCCCUUCCGGAAUGAGCUCAGGACCGAAUAAUGAGCCAUCAAAUCGCCGCAGAGUUCCGCAACUUUCACUGUCGAAUUCGAGAUCGACAAAUUCGACAGUAAAAGUUGCGGAAGUGAAAGCUCCAGAGAGAGAAGCUUCGAGUCGUCCCGUUUGGCUUCAUGAG